GUGUUGUGCAUUUGUCACAUGUCCCAUCACAGAUUAGUGUGUCUGACGGGGGGAGGCGAAUAUAGCCUGUGACAGUUAGCAUGUUGAUGCUGAUGAGAAUAAGGAUCGCCUUUGUGCUCGGUGAUCUGUAUCUGUCAAACUGCUCUAAAUGGCUGUGUUGUUGGCCUUCCCACAUGAAGUGCAUAUUAAAGCUCCUUCUCUGUCUCCUUCUCCUUUUCAGUCUGUUUUUUUCCCCUCUCUCUCACUCUCUGCAGUCUGCUUCUCUCUGUCCUUGCCAUGAGGGUGUCGUGCCCUUGCAUUUCCUCUCUGUUGUGAUUGGUUCUACUGUUCCUUGUAUCUGACACUCUGCGGGCGCCAGCUUGGUGCAAAAACUCAUACAGGAUGUGGUGAAGUUUCUGAGACUGUUGCUCUCUUCUUCUGUUAAACGUCUUCCUUUGAGCUGAGAAACCGAGGGAGAAAGCACAGAAGACAUUCGAUGCAAACAGGCAUUUCAAGAAAACAAAAGCUGAUGGGGGGGGAAAAAACGGCACCAUGAACGACAACAGACUGCAAAGAUGACCACCGCAACCCAUUGAAACUGAGCCCAGAGACUUGUGGGGGAAGAAAAGGAGCACAUCGGCGGGGCUGGAGACAAGCGAGAAAACAAAAAAGAAAACAAACGCACCAUGCACACUGAAGUGUAAAUGGACUGUCAAACCUCAAGGACCAAACGGAUGUAAACACAUAUGUGCCUCUCCGUCUCAGCAUCAGUGGAUGUUUGGACUCAAAAGGAAAUGAUGACAGGGACAGCAUAUUUUCUGAGUGUGCCUUGGUUUCUACCAGACCAUCACAACACUUUUUCCUCUACAAAUGUCAACAUGCUGACAGAACUCACCUGUGUCCAAGCCUUCUUGUCAUCGUAAAACACCUGUGGAUUGCAACACACAUGGCCCGUCCACAUUCUCUGGAGUAACUGCAUAACUUCAAGUUGUUUCUAUUUUUCUUCUUGGACUGUUCUCAUAUAAUUAUGUUAAGACUUUGUUUUUGUUUGACACUGAAUGGUAUGUUUUUUCUUACAUUUUUGAAACUCUUUUUGAAACCACACUGGCUAAAUCCUUCCAUGAGCUGACCAAACCUAAUGGAGGGCUAUAUGAAAUGGAGAACCAACUAUAUAGCAAAGCCACUGGACUUUUCGAGAAAGGGGGGGUUACCAAGACAACAAUGUUCCAAUUCCAGGGACUAAUCGCUUUUGUCUGAAUGUUUAUAUUAUAAUUCCGCCACAAUCAGCCAUCCAAGUCUCCGAAUUUACUGAAGGACUCUCCUCUUAGCAUGAGUGUGCCAAUGAGAUCAGCGGUUGUAGAUUUGAACACACUACCUCAGUCAUCCAGCUCACGGAGCGGUGCUCACACAGAUGAGUCACCAUCUGACAGCGCAGUGCCUCGGUCUGCAAGCCGCCCUGCGCAGGGUUCAGCCGCAGCACGCUUCACUGUGCGCUCUGCCAACAGUGUACCAAACCUGGGGGUGAGGAUCAAUCUGAGGAGCCUGCAAGGCGUCUUCAAAGAGGCUGGUGGGGCAGAAGCAGAGGAGGUCGGCCAAAUGGCCAAAGGAAGCUCCACCAGCCACCAGCAGAGCACUCCCAGAGAGGCUCACACGGACAUGGACUCAAAGGAAAGAGGCAGAGCUCUGAGUUGUGUCAAAUUUACACCUGACACCAAGGUGGCCACUGACUGGGGGACCCGGGGUGGCGGCACUGCUAGUGAUGUGACACCCAGGUGCAGUGCUGAUGCAGAUGAUCCAGGAAAGGCCAGCAGCCAAAUAGGAAGUGCAAGAGGAAGGAAUGAGUGGAGAACAGUUAACAUGCAAAGCAGAAGCAAGAGCCUGGACUGGAGGGGUGGAGUCGAGGGCAGAAGCACAACGGGGACACAACACUUCACCACAAUUGGAGCCUCAGCCAGACGUGCAGAGAGUUUGGAGAGGAAAGAGGUCAGUAACCUUGAUAGGAGAGGAUUAUACAAGGACUGUGACGGAGUUAGCCGUAUAUCCUCACGAAUACAGGCAUACAAUGCCGUGAAAGGGAAUGAAAAGCCUAUAUCCUCAUUGAAAGAGGAAGAAACGGCGACCUCAUCACUGAGGUUGAACCGAGUGAUCCGUACUCUGGAUCGGGCAGGAGGGGAUCGGUCUUUGCCAUUAAGACUUAGACAUCAAGAUACCCAGAGGUCACCUGUGGAGGGGGGUAACCCAUGGAGGCAGCCCUGUCAGGAGGAGUCAGGCCUGGAUGGAGACAAACAGAAGAUUGGGUCAUGGCUGAGAGAUCUCGGAGUUACUGGAUCAAAACCCAAUGAAGUCACUGGAAACCAAACCAUCUCGAAUCGAAUUGAGAAGCUUUAUAGAAUAGGUGGAUGUGAUGAUACAAAAGCCAAGCGCCAUUCUGCUCCAGUUGGUGACUGGCUUGAUGGCUUGCCUUCAGAUUUCAGCCAAAGAAAGUUGAACGCAGAUAUUGGCUGCCCACCCUGUACACCUCAUGGCCAAUGGCAACCGAUGUCUUGUAAUGUGCAGCGGGCAGGAACCUUCCCCAGGAGAUUUAAUUGUGGUGACAACAAUUCAUUGAAUGAUACUCCACGCCCCUCACAAAUCUCUAGGAGGGACACCUUACCCAGUCUGAGCACCACCGUGACACCAGUAUCCUCCCGAUAUAGGGCAGGAUCAGUCGAGAGGACCAAGUCUUUAGAGAGAGGCAGGAGCGGGCUCUCUGCCACCGCCCAGCUAAAACAUCUGAGAGAAACAGAGACACCAUUGCAAGUGGUUAGUAAGGAGAUAGUCUUGUCAAGUCUGAAAGGUGCCGGUGUUGUCAAGGAAAGGAGUUUAAAAAAAGAAGAGUUGAGAGUGACUAUGGAUAAAGACGUCACUGGUGGGAAAGCCAAAGAGAGUGUGACUGGUAACAGAGGACAUGAGAGCCAAUGCAACAUUGUGAAAUCUGAUGCCACAGACAAACUCAGCAGGACAAAAGAUUCUCACGAGCCACUGGCUAUGGCUAAUAAAACACCUGAGUCAAAGCUCGGGAAGAUUCCAGAGAAGCAGCAUUCCUCAGAUAAAGGUUUCAUCACGCCGAUGAAAGCCCAGGCCUCCCCAGUGAAAGGGUCAAAGAGUGGAACAGAAGAUGAGGAUGUAUUUGACACUGGCGUCAGUGCAGCGAAGGGCCCGAUCAGAAGGCAGGAAACCGUAAAGGGUAAAUUUAGUACCCCUUCUUUGGACUCGGUACGGAAAACUAUCCAUAAAUUUGAGGCAUUGGCCCAGCAAAGCCAAACUGCCCAGUUCCUGAAGUCCAGAAGAGCUUUUUCGGUUCCGGAUCAUCCAAUGGACAGGGGAGGAUUGAAGAAAAGUGAAUCUUCUCAUGCCUUGGGAGGGAGAACACAAGAGGGGAAUUCUAGGAGUUUGAGGGGGAACCCACAGGACAAAGCUUGGCCAAUAAGAUCAGUCUCUGUGGAUGAGGUUGCACUGAGGCAAGAUCACUUUGAGAAGUCUGAAAUGGGUCUAAAGGUCGAAACCACAAAACCAUCCUCACAAGUAACAGACCCCAAAUCACAUGUUUAUAAGAAGAGGAAAGACAUGGAUGAGCCAGAUUUCCCUACAACUUCUGUCCAUGCUGUCAUAAACACAGUUGCAAUCCAGGACAGUGUUAAAAGCAACAGUAAACCAGAGCACAAUCUCUCUUCCCAUCACCAAAACAACUGGAAUAACAACUCCAACGGGAGAGCCAUGUUUGUCACACUAAAUGACCCCGCCAUCCUCGGUGGUGUCUCUGAAGUUUCAGAUGUCUCAGAAGGAGACGCAGAUAGGACACCCACCAACUCUCCCGACAGGCUCCCCUUGUUUCCCAGUUUUAAUGGGCAUUUGCCGACCCCAUCCAAGGCACACGUCUCCUCAGACGACAUCCACCAUCCACCUGGUCCCGACUCUGAACCACCCACCCCCACUAACAGCUUCCAAUCCACCCAGGACCCGCUGUUCAAUCAUGGUUCUGCAGGUCCCGCUGAUUGCCCUCCCCUUGAUAGACUGACUCUGCUUGAUAAAGCAGAGGACUCUGGGCCCUUCGGUGUGUGUGUGGCCAGGUGGAGCUCUGAUGAGGAAGAUGACGAGGAGAACGAUGACACACAGAGAGAUGACGACUCGGACUCCGACUCGGGUGAAUCUUCUGUGACCGUCACCAGUCACAUGAGCCUAUCAGAUCGGAAAAGUUUCUCAGUCAGUCUGUCAGAGCUGUGUAGUUUUGGAGGAGUGGACUACUCCCCCCCCGAUGACAGUGAAGAGGAGCUUGAUGACUGGCCCUCCGGCCGCUCGGCCUCCCUGAGCUCAGACAUCUCUGUCAUGUCCUGUGUGACACUCUUGGGCACAGAGGAGCUCGACAACCUCCUGCAGGACGUACGAAGCCUGGGGGACGACACCUUACAGAACUAUGAUGAUGUCCAGGUGGUGGUCCUGCAUAAGGACGUAGGCAUUGGUCUGGGCUUCACUGUAGCAGGGGGAAUUGACCAAAACAAGCCAGUCACAGUGCACAAGGUGAUCUCACACGGUGUGGCAGAUCAGGAGGGCUCCAUCCAGGGAGGUGACCUUGUGCUGUCAAUCAAUGGCACUACGCUGCAGAACUCCGCCCACUGGGAGGCCCUGCGCACGCUGCGGAAGGCCAGGGGGCGGGACAUGGUUGUGGUGGUGCUGCAGAGAGGCGGAGUGAGCGGUUCACGUCAGAAACGGACCAAUCGUGGACAAGAACCUCCAAGCACAGCCCAAGGAGAGACAGGUCGGCAACUGCAUGUGACACUGAAGAAGCGAAGCUCUGAUCUUGGCUUCAGUCUAGAGGGAGGGGUGGGCUCCAGUCUUGGGGACCGUCCCCUCGCUGUCCAAAAGCUUUUCCAAGGUGGACCUGUAGGAGAUGUUUGUCCCGGUGAUGAGCUACUUGAGGUCGAGGGCCGGAGUAUGACAGGCCUCAUGCGUCUGGAAGCCUGGCAGCUCAUCAAGAAGCUUCCCAUUGGCCCCGUGAAGGUGUUGCUACGCCGACCGCACAAACCGCACUGACAAACUCACUGCCAACAGACAUCCCGUCAUUGCCCAUGCUGCCAUAGCAACUAUUUAAAGAGUAUUCUAGAGCACUGGAGGGCUUCUCUAAGUGUCUGGUAAGCAGACAGUAGAGAGGCAUGUUUUUCAAUCAUGGCAUUCCUUUUAUGAAAAUGCACAAUUUUUAUAUCAUUGCAUCCAUCAUUGUAAAGCAAUUAACUGUCCUUAUGAAGUUAUAUUUUUG